AUGGAUAAUAAGUAGCAAGCAAAAUUACAAUAAAUAACUCACUUCAAGCCUUCAUCCCUUUAGAUAGAUGAAGUCUAACACAAUUUUCUUGAUGAUUAAUUUAAUGGAAUGCAAUUCUCGCAAGGAAAUAGUCCUCUUGAAAUGAUUAAAGGGAAGUAAAUGCUUAAUCAAACAAUAGGCAAAUUAAAUAAUUCAAAUGGCUACCUAGAUACAGGAGGAGGAUCCUCAAAUGGGAAUACCAGCUUUCAUCCUCAUUCAAUAGUAAUUCUCAAUCUUUAAAAUUUAUAGGGAAGGCAAACAGAAACUGAGAAAAAAUAGGGUUUGAAGGUAGCAGCAAAUAAAUUCAAGCUAGCUUUUGGAAUCAGAAACUAUAGAUCAAAGUAAAUGAGUGUUGCUGUCUCAUCCACUAACAUUAUGACUGAUAAGGAUGAGAGUCUCAGCUAUUUCCAAAUGCAAGAAGGCGAUUAUAAUAAUAUAGAGGAGGAAAACAAAAGAUCAGAUGAGUCAAGCCAAAGUUUCUCAGAAAUGAUUAAGAUGACUAGAGAGCCUGGCAUUUCAAUGUUUGAAGUAAACUCAUCAUCAAAAAGAAACCCUUUUACAAGUGGAUUAAGGAAGCUAAAAUAAAAUGUCAGAGUGGGUGGUACUAAAAUUAAAACGAAACCAUAGCCAAUUAUAAAGAAUAAUACUGUAGUAAAAAACAAAGAUCAAAUGAAGUAUAACUUAUUAAGCGACAUACUUAGAAAUGUUAUUCCAAUUCUCACCAAGUCGCAAAAAAAAUCUCUAUGGAUUCUCUGGAAGCGUGAUGUUCAGAUCAGCAAAGACGAACGAAGAAUGCUUUGGAUGAGAGCCUCUGGAGCUGCAAAUCAGUUAAUGCAUUUACACAACAAGGGUUAUUACGAAUCACUCUGCAAACUUGAGAUGAAUUAUCCCAAUCCUAGUUUCAGUCAGAUAGAUUUGGAUUUGAAGAGAACCUUUUCUGAUAUGCCUGAAGAGGAGGCUGAAUAGUACAUUCCUAUUCUAAGAAGAAUUUUAAUAACCUAUGUAAAGAGGAAUCCUACAAUUGGAUACUGUUAAGGAAUGAAUUUCAUAGUGGGGAGGCUACUUCAAUUCAUGAAUGAAGAAGAAGCUUUUUGGACUCUCACUUAGAUAUUAGAAACGAUUCUACCAAUAGAUUACUAUUCCAAUAUGGUUGGUGUACUUAUUGAUCAAUAGGUAUUCAAGAAACUUGUGUAAUUACUUCUUCCAGAUGUUAGUGAUCACCUUGAAAGACUUAAGUUUGAUCCAUCUCUGCUAGCUUUCUAAUGGUUUGUGUGUUUCUACACAUACAAUAUGACUCUUGAAGCCUCAUUGAAGGUGUGGGAUCUAUUUAUGAUAAAGGGAGUUAAAGUAUUGUUUAAUGCUGGACUCUCAAUCUUGUCUAUUUUAAAGAAGUCUCUUCUUGAAGCAUAGGAUUUUUAAACUGCUUUUUUACUGAUUGAUUAGACUUCUAAAAGUGAAGUGACAGUAGAGAAAUUAAUUGAAGAAAUGAAAAAAUUUGCAAUCAGAAAGAGGGCUAUAACCAAAUUGAGGAAUCAAUAAAGACCUGAGGUUGAGAAUGAUCUUUAAAAACUAAUAGAAUAGAAAGAUCAAAAUGAUAAAGGUCCCUAUCCAAAGCUGAACUUCAUUAAUAAGUUCUUUCUUUACACAGGUCUGUGCAAAUACUAUGAAUAAAAGGAACUUGGAUGGAAAACUAUGGAAUAAUUUGAGAGAGAUCUGAUGCAAAUUUUCAAUUGUGAUUAGGAAUGGCCAAUUUGCUUGUUUGACUUUACCUAUAAAAACAAGAUUCCUAAUAAUCUUUGCUUCAAAAUUAAAGAAACAAUUACUAGUUGUAUGAUACAUGACUAUUUUGACUUUGAAAUCCCAAAAAGUGAUCUCUAUUCAGAUAACUUCAUUAGGAAUUUCAAAUACCUUUUCAAUGAAAAUCAUGAACUCAUUUUUAGAAACCCACUCUUCAGCUUUAAGAUUAGUGAUGAAAUAGAAGCUCUAGAAAAGAUAAAACUUUUCAUUAAAGAAAUCUCAGCUUAUAACUCCUCUUAGGAUGAGAUGGAGUUCUAGAACGAGGAAAACACUGAGUUUUUUCAGAUGAUUGACAGAAGUCCAAACCUGUAGUAGAUGAAUCAGAUUACUUAAAGCAAGGCUAAAAAGGUCAUUCACAGGCCAAGAUCAAAUUAGCUAACAAGUUUUAUGUAAGAUUUAGUCAUUAGAAACCAUGAAUGGCUUGAGAACACCAAUCAAAUCUAGGAGCAGGAUGAAAAUCCAGAUACAAAUGAAAACUAUAAUUACAAUAGGACCGAGUCUCAGCAAAAUGGGCUAUUUAACUCAAUUAAAGACUACCAGUAGAGAACAAUCAAUCAAUCUUAGUCCUUUGUAAAAACCAGAUUGCCAUCAAUUCAUUAGCACGCUCUUGAAAGAGUGCUAAAAGGUGCAGGUAGUAAUCAUUAAUUGGUUCUUAAAAGCAAUACCAGUAGUGGAGUAGGCAUAUUUUAGGACUAUAUACAGUCUUAACCUUAAAUUAAUCCAUUUAUCAAUACUCUAAUGGAGACUGAAUCUUUUCUAUAAUAAUCUAAAGAUAGUAAUUCUAAUAAGCAACAGAGCAAUUAUCAAUGA